GCUCCGAAUAUUUUUUCCCAGAGCCGGACCCAGAUCGCCUUUUUUUGUCAAUCUUACCCUAACUGGCAUCAAUUUGGUACAAAUACAAAAGGUCUUUUGAUGGUGAUGAUGAUGAUUGAUUGACUGAUGAGUGAAGAUAAACGUUGAUCGAAUGAUGAUAGUUUGGACGAUGAUAAUGAUUGCUGAUGAUGAUGAGAUUGAUUUUGUUGACAACAAUGACAACAGUGAUAAUGAUGAUGAUGUUAAAGAGCUCCUUCACAACGCAAGGAAAACUAAUCAGAAAUUGGCAAACUUUCACGCGUCCUUACCAUUUUUUUUUUUACUUUUGUUUUGUAUAACCCUGUCUAUUUAUGAUGAUCUCUUUUUACCUUUUUCAAAGCAAAUAGAACAUCACGAUAAUAUUUUUUUUGUCGUUCACUUGUCAUUCUCCCGUGAUAUGCUCUUUACCCAUGCAUAUGUAUAUUGUCUUUUUUUUUUUAUAUCAAAAGAAGUCUGAUGGCCUAACUUGGGUAAUCAUUACUAUUUUAUUCACUUCUACCUUUUCGUUUCUAUAAAUAAAAGGAUCUGUUUUCAUUUAUAGCGAAUCCUUACUUUCUAUAAAUAUAGAUAUAUGGAACUAUCUAAGUAUAAUAUUCUUUUAUAUCACUUAUAUAUGUAUAUACAUAUUAAAAAAAAAAAAAAA